UUUCUGACAUAGCAGUGUGCUGCAAGAUUGAUCCAAACAUCGAAUCAACAAUUUUUUGAUAGAUAUCGAAUUCACCAGAGCAACGGUUCGUGAAAGUCAAACUUCUUUGUGACAUCGACAACCAUCAGAAAAUAAAUAAUGUUCAGGAUCAAAAUUAGCCAAGAGUAGGAAAAAAUGAUAACAGACUAUGAAGGCCUACCCUUUUUCCCGAAGUACGAAACCGAUUUUCUCUACGAUGACAAAUUGAGAGUCACGUGGUUCGAGUCGAAAUUUUCACAAUCAUUCUACAACUAUCAGAAUUCAGCGAAUGGGAGUAACGCGUGCACUUUGAUAUGCAUCAUUUUGGCCUCAAGAUGUUACAGGAAUAGGGAUAAAUUGCCGAUUUGUUCCAACAAGGAUGUUUCGCCGAAGCUGAUCACUAUUUUUGCAAAAAGUAUGCUGGACGGCAACCGCAUUCACGACACGUUAAAGAAGAGGGGCGUUUUGAAAAAUAUCAAUCUAACAGUGCCCGAAGCACUUUCUUUUGCAGACAAGAUGGCCCACGGUCUCGUAGAAUGGAAAUGCAUGUUGUACUUGGAACCGUUGUAUGCAUCGCUUUUCCAAAAUUUGAAAGCCAAUUGGCUGGACUGGAUUGACGGACACACUCAUGAUGAUCUUUAUGUCAUUCUGAUAACAGAUUCAAGGAGCGUGUUAUUCUAUUUCCAUGACGAGUCGGAUAAUAUUGUCCUAUUCGAUUCCCAUCAACAUUCUUCGGAUAAGGGAGCUUGCUUAGCCGUGGUGAAAAGGCAAAGAUUGAAGACGCUGUGCAAGUGGUUUGCAGAAACCCUCAGUGUUUGCUACAAGUGUAACCCUCGUCUUUAUGAAUUAUCGUUCCUGUAUUUUCAACGUAAAAUAGAAAAAACAAUGUGACAUGGAAAAAAUGUAUUUGACCAAAUUAUGAUACGUGUGGAGAUUAUAAAUUAUACUUGUAACUUUCA